AUGGCGAAGAAAAAAGAUGAUAAAAAGUCGACUCAAAAGAGUGAAAAUAAUGUAAAACAACAUAAAGCUUCAUUUAGUCCAUUCUUUCUCUUCGCCUCAAUAGCUGUCGUAAUAUUCUCAGUGUCAGCGCUACAGUUUUAUAUAACCUUGACCAGUGUUCCUGACCUGCCCCAACUUGACCUGGACAAGUGCUGGGGGGUCAAUUGCUCAGUGGAUGAGAGCAUUAGAAAAUUUAGAAUCGUCUUUUCCGAUGCUAUGCUAGAAAACAUAAGGCGAAAAUUUGAGACAUACAGGCGAGCUACCCGAAUGAAAAGUCUCGAAGAAUCCGCUAGCUAUGGUAUAAACUCGGAUGCCCUGGGACAAGUCUUUGCCCACUGGCAAUUCAAGUAUAAGUAUCCAGCAAGGCAACGUUAUUUUAACCACUAUGAACAUUUUAAAACCAAGAUACAAGGUCUCGAUGUACACUUCAUGCAUGUCAAACCACAGAGUAAAACUGUUAAGGUUGUUCCAGUUCUACUAUUACACGGAUUUCCAAGUUCGAUUAAGGAGUUUUACGAAGCAAUACCCUUAUUGACAGAGCCCCGACCUGGAUACGAUUUUGUAUUCGAGAUCAUUGUACCAAGCCUACCCGGUUUUGGGUUUUCGCAGGGUCCCGUAAGACAAGGCCUUUCCGCUUACCAAAUAGCAAUUAUGAUGCGGAACCUAAUGCAACGGCUAGGUCACAAGCAAUAUUAUGUGCACGGUGGUAACAUAGGGCACAACAUCGGAACCCAUAUGGCUACUUUAUUCCCGAGAGAAGUUCUCGGUUACCACACAACUUUCCCAAUAAACUUCUCUAGGGUGGCAGAUUUGAUGUGGUUGGUUGGUAGCGUAUUUCCGAAGUGGGUGGGGAAUGAAUUUGCAGACAGGAUGUAUCCUCUAAGUGAGAAGAUGGCUUAUUAUUUGGAAGAGUUUGGUAGUCUACAUUUGCAAUCAACGAAACCUGACACUAUAGGCAUCGCUCUCCAAGAUACGCCAUUGGGCCUUGGAGCUUACAUAAUCGACAGAAUUCUAGCAUUCACAGACCCGACACAUAAAUUGAAGGAGGAUGGAGGUCUGUCUUCGUAUAAUACCACCGAUUUGAUUGACAAUGUCAUGGUAUACUGGAGUAGUGGUAGUAUAACUACCGCCAUGAGGUUGUAUAAGGAACUCGUUAAGAACAGAGAUAUAGAGGAAGUGUUGGCACAAAUACCAACACCGGUACCAACAUGGGCGCUAAGACCAAAACAUGAACUGUAUCACUCACCAGACUUCAUCCUACGUUGGAAGUAUCCUAAUCUUGUCGGUGUAACCAACUUUGACGAAGGUGGACAUUACUUUGCUUUGGAAAAGCCUACUGUAUUCGCCGAUGACUUAUUUAAGGCUGUGAACAGUUUUUUAAAGCUUAAAAAAUAA